CCAAUCUCUCAACUCGAAACUGUAGUGGUGGGUUAUUUCACGGUCACGCCCACGCACUCUUUCACGCGCUCAUGGGUCACCUGCUGACUCUGAUGUCGCUGCUGCCCUCUCGUCUCUCUCAACCCUUGUUGUUGCAGUUCCGUUGCAGCACCGUCUUAUGUUUCUUUGAGAGUUGUUGAUUCAUCGGGUUUCCGUGUAUGGGCUAAUAUAAGCUUUCUUGCGCUUUGCCUUCAAGUAAUUUCUUCUUGUUCAAAUUCAACUCAACCAUGUUCGUGGGGUUGCCUUUUUGUUCUUUGGGCUUUUGGCCAUUUUGGGAGUGCAGCUUCGUGCAAUAAUGGCUGAUUGCCCCUUGGAUUUAAGCACCUCAAACUUUACAAUGGCAUCCUCUGUCUGCUCUGACCAAGGUGACAGAAAUAAAUGUUGUCGCUAUAUUAAUGCUAAUAUUGCUGUUUCUGUUGCUCGAUAUGCCAAUGGAACAGCCAACCUUGGAGUUCCUCCAGAUGCUUCUGACUUCUGCCUCCAGACCAUAACUGAGACCUUGCAACUUUAUGGAGUUCCACCAAAUGCAGCUGUUUUCUGUGGUUUUGGGACGAAAGUCCCGGUUAAUUAUGAGUGUAAAGGUCGAACUACUGUCACACAGAUGCUGCAAUCUCCCAGAUUUGGAGAGGUCACAGAAAAUUGCAAAUUGCCUCUAAAGGAAAGUGAUUGCAAGAAAUGUUUGAAUGCUGCCAUUGGUUACCUACAUAAUAUAAUAGGUAUACAAGAUAAUAUCACCUUAAGUACAUGCCGUGAUGCCACAUUUACUGCAUUGGCGAGCCAAGUUGAUGAUGCGUCUACUAUUGAAAUUGCAAGCUGUUUCUUUGGGGUUCAAGGACUUCUCGGGCCGACUGCUUCAGAGCCAUCUACUUUGCCAACUCCUGAGGCUUCUCCAAGUCCUCCGGCUGCUGAGAGUCCAAGUCCAUUGCUGUUAGGUGGACCACUUAAAAGAAAUCACCAUAGAUACCACUUGACAUUAAUUCCAGGUAUUGGUAUUGCCGUCACAGCUGUUGCGGUUAUGAUGCUCAUAGUCUUGAUUGUUUUAAUUCGUCAAAAAAGCAGAGAGCUAGGGGGGCCUGAUCAUUUAAGUAAAACUUCGUCAAAAGCCUUACCCCCUUGUGCAACAUGGAUAUUUCAGGAUGGUCCUUCAUCUACAUUUCGGAAAUUCAACUAUAGUGAGAUAAAGAAGGCCACAGAUAACUUUACCACUGUGAUUGGGCAAGGAGGAUUUGGAACAGUGUAUAAAGCUAAUUUUGGUGAUGGCUUAGUGAUGGCAGUAAAGCGUAUGGAUAAAGCAUCAGAGCAAAGGGGGGAUGAGUUCUGCAGAGAAAUAGAGCUUCUUGCUCGGCUUCAUCACCGCCAUCUAGUUGCAUUAAGAGGAUUUUGCAUAAAAAAACAUGAGAGGCUUCUGAUGUACGAGUACAUGGAAAAUGGAAGCCUGAAAGAUCAUCUUCAUUCCCCUGGGAAAACACCUCUAAGUUGGCGAACUAGAAUCCAAAUUGCCAUUGACGUGGCUAAUGCCCUGGAGUACCUUCAUUUCUAUUGCGAUCCUCCUCUCUGCCACAGGGACAUUAAGUCUAGCAACAUCUUACUGGAUGAGAAAUUUGUUGCAAAGUUAGCUGAUUUUGGCCUGGCACAUGCUUCCGAAGAUGGUUCUAUAUGCUUUGAACCAGUAAAUACUGAUAUCCGGGGAACUCCAGGUUACAUGGAUCCGGAAUAUAUUGUUACUCAAGAACUCACCGAGAAAAGCGAUAUUUACAGUUUUGGUGUGCUAUUAUUAGAGAUUAUAACUGGAAGACGAGCUAUUCAAGAUAAUAAGAAUUUGGUAGAAUGGGCACAACCAUUCAUGGAAUCUGAAUCAAGAUUGAUGGAGUUAGUGGAUCCCAAUGUGAGGGAAUCUUUUGAUUUGGAUCAGCUCCAAACAGUGGUCUCCAUAGUAGGAUGGUGCACCCAGAGAGAAGGCAAGGCUAGGCCUUCAAUAAAACAGGUCCUUAGGCUUCUGUAUGAGACUUCAGAGCCAAUACACAAUGAAUUCUUACAAGCUGUUGAAGAUGAAGAAUAUAGGACAAAUCACCAAGCAGGCAGAAGAAGCAAGGGAAAAUUGCACAGAAAUGAACCAAAAUUUCACAGUGGGGAUGGAAGAUAUCUAGCUUCUUCUUCAAGCACAUCCAGGUCAUAUUGCAGUAGAAGUUUCUUACUUGAGACAGGAUCUCCAGAGUCCCCUCAAAAUAUUUUUUCAGUUUGAAUCAUCAUUGGCUUCAAUCUUCAUCAGGCUAACAUAGGAAGCACUGGUAACUUCAAAAUGGAGCUUUACUGUGUCGCACGCUCGAAUGAAACACUGUUCAACUCUUCAAAUUGCUUUUCGACUCUACAUAGUUUUGUUGUAGCGUUCAUUGAUAUCACAUUAUUUUGUGUCAAUGUUAGACACGGUAUGAUGCUUUGAAUUUCAAUUGAACACUACAUAAUUUUGAUAGUAUCUUAUCACCUGAA